AAACGGAGGGAACGGGCUGAGCUGGGCGGCUGGUUAGCCUCGCGCCGGGGCUCGAGCGUCGCUGUCAUCGGCUUCAGCGCGGGAGGAAAGUUGGGCUCGCGCUAGCCCCUUUCGCAGGCGGCGUCUCGGAUGCGGCGGAAGCAGAAGCGGCUGCUGCAGGCGGUGGGGCUGGCGCUGGCCGCCCUCGUCUUCCUCCCCAACGUGGGGCUCUGGGCGCUGUACCGGGAGCGGCAGCUGGAUGCCGUCGGCGGCGGCGGCGAUGGGCGAGCAGGAGCGGGAGGCGCCGCCGCGGGGGGAGCCCGCGGGGGGGCACCGCCGGGAGCAGCCGCCGCAGCCCGAGAGGAGGCGCAGGGCUUCCAUGCCAGACAAAGGAAUGAAGCUUACCUUGGUAACCGACAAAGAAAAAAAGAUUGGCAUGACAGAGAGGCUAUAAAGAAUGAUUUGCAGAGAACAGGAAAUGGAGAACAAGGAAAACCAUAUCCUAUGACUGAUGCUGAGCAAGUAGACCAGGCAUACAGGGAAAAUGGUUUUAAUAUUUUUGUGAGUGAUAAAAUUUCUUUAAACCGUUCUCUACCAGAUAUACGACAUCCAAACUGCAAUAGCAAGCUAUAUCUGGAACAACUUCCCAACACCAGUAUAAUAAUCCCAUUCCACAAUGAAGGAUGGUCCUCACUUCUUCGAACAGUGCACAGUGUUCUCAAUCGCUCUCCUCCUGAACUGAUAGCUGAGAUUGUGCUGGUAGAUGAUUUCAGUGAUAGAGAACAUCUCAAAAAGCGCUUGGAGGAUUAUAUGGCCCAUUUUCCGAAGGUUAGGAUUCUUCGAACCAAGAAGAGAGAAGGGCUAAUAAGGACUCGAAUGCUCGGAGCUUCUGCAGCAAUAGGAGAUGUUAUUACCUUCUUAGAUUCCCACUGUGAAGCAAAUGUGAACUGGUUGUCACCCCUUCUAGACCGCAUUGCUCGAAAUCGCAAAACUAUUGUUUGUCCAAUGAUUGAUGUCAUUGAUCAUGACCAUUUUGGCUAUGAAACACAAGCUGGAGAUGCAAUGCGAGGAGCCUUUGACUGGGAGAUGUAUUAUAAGCGAAUCCCAAUUCCUCCUGAAUUACAGAAACCUGAUCCCAGUGACCCUUUUGAGUCUCCAGUUAUGGCUGGAGGAUUGUUUGCAGUUGAUAGAAGAUGGUUCUGGGAACUUGGAGGAUAUGAUGCAGGCCUAGAAAUAUGGGGAGGAGAACAGUAUGAAAUAUCAUUUAAGGUCUGGAUGUGUGGAGGUCGCAUGGAAGAUAUCCCUUGUUCUCGAGUUGGUCACAUUUAUAGAAAAUAUGUCCCUUAUAAGGUUCCAACAGGAGUCAGCUUAGCUAGGAACUUGAAACGGGUAGCUGAAGUGUGGAUGGACGAAUAUGCAGAAUACAUUUAUCAAAGGAGACCUGAAUAUCGACAUCUGUCUGCAGGGGAUGUGACUGCUCAGAAAGAACUUCGCAUUAAACUCAACUGCAAAAGUUUCAAGUGGUUUAUGAAUGAAGUUGCUUGGGACUUGGGAAAGUUCUAUCCACCUGUGGAACCUCCAGCAGCUGCCUGGGGAGAGAUCCGUAAUGUAGGGACUGGUCUCUGUGUAGAUACAAAGCAUGGGGCCCUAGGUUCACCACUAAGAGUUGAAACAUGUGUGAAAGGUAGAGGAGAAGCUGCAUGGAGCAAUGUGCAGCAUAUGUUUAUUAAACAGGUAUUCACAUUCAGCUGGCGAGAGGAUAUCCGUCCAGGAGACCCUCAACACGCAAAGAAAUAUUGUUUUGAUGCUAUUUCCCACAAUAGCCCAAUCACCCUUUAUGACUGUCAUGGAAUGAAAGGAAAUCAGCUAUGGAAAUAUCGCAAAGACAAGACACUUUAUCACCCAGUAAGUGGCAGCUGCAUGGACUGUAAUGAAAGUGAUCGAAAAAUCUUCAUGAACAUGUGCAAUCCUUCAUCUCCAACACAACAAUGGAUAUUUGAACAUACAAAUUCAACAGUCUUGGAAACAUUUAAUAAGAAUCUUGAUCUUUAAAGACAUUAUUUAUAUGUAAAUAUUACAGUCAUAAUUUUUACAGGGGAUAUGACAAUUUUUAAAAAAAUAAUUUUCUAAAAAAUGAAAAAGGGAGAAUCUCAGGAGAGAGUGACUAUCAGGCCAGUCUUUACUUUGAUGAUGCUGCAUCUAUGUCUCUGGAUAAUUCAUCUCCAUUAAGCAAGAAGUCUAGAAGUCUACAUUGUUAUAAUUAUAGAUUUGGAAACAGUGACAACCUGUGAAGUGUAUAGAGGAACACAGCUAGAAUUCAAAAAUGAAUUCAUGUGAAAAUGUCUUUUAUUCAAGUUUUAAUUAUCCAAUUCCUUUUGUUUUGUUUCCUUUUUUGGUUCUUAGUUAAGAAAAUUGCAAGAAUGAACAUCACUGAAAAUUUCUAAAUAACUGAAGUAACUAAACAUCAGGAAACAUGUAGAUUACAGUAAAAUGUCAAUUUAAGACAAGAAUAAACUUAGUAGUGUUAUUCUUGCAUACCAUAAUUUAUAGUAAUAGCAGCAGUAAAUACUGUACAUCAGGGGUCCACAACCCCCAAUCUGCAGACCGGCAUUGGUCUGUAGCAUGCCAGAAAUCAGGCUGCGCAAACAAGCAAAGCCCCAUCUGUGCAAUGCAGGCAGCAUGCAAAAUCAGCUCUGUCCGGUCUGCAGAAAAACCUGCCUCCAUGGAACCAGUCCUUGGUGCCCAAAAGAUUGGGGGCCACUGGUGUACAUGACCAGUUGCCAUUUUAACUUGAUGUUUGUUUUUUCAUGAUGGGCCUGACUAAAUAAUACAUAACAAUCAGUAUAUGUUCAAACAAUGUUCACAGAUAUGAAUGCCAAAUAUCUGUGAUAAUAGAUAGACACUGAAUAAGCCAUAUGUGGCAAGUUUAAGAAUAAAGUCAGAUUUUAACUGAAUUUCCUAAUGCAUAUUCCUGAUCCGGUUAUAAUUAUGGCUCUUGCAUCUAACAUGGCAAUUUUGUCAAUCCAUUUAGAUCUUAAGAGGAUAGUGAAAAAUUUUGAUUUCUCUGCAGCAAUAUAAUACCUGUCAUUUUUUUACCAAAUAAAUUGACAGAUUAGUAAUUCUUGAUUUCUAAUACUAAUGAUUCUUUUAGAACUCUUUAAAGUUUUGUUAUAGUAACAAUUGACUAGUUGAGUAAUGAACGUUCAUUUUACCAUGUUUGUAAAUAAUUAGUCCACAUUCAUGUUUAUUUAUAAUCAUGAAAACAUGUUCUAUAAACUUUCCAGAUUGCAUGUAUGUAAAUACUUCCUCUGGAAAUUUAUCAACUAGUUAUGUUAAAAAUAAAAAUUUAGCUUCCCAAUUUUACUAGGAAUACUUCAGAGUCACACUAUUUGACCUCAAGUAGCAAGCAUAUUUUACAUGAGGAUCAGAUCUCUCGGUGCUAAGUCUACAGAACAAUAGUGGGUACUGUGACCUUGUAUUUAUUCAUUUAUUAGACUUAAAUCCUACAUAAAAACUUUCCAGGAAUUUAUACAAAUAUUACAUUUAAAAUGUAAAAUAUAAUUAUAGCUGUAUGAUGAAAACAAUAGCAUAUAUACCUAAUUUAGUAGUCAAAAUAUACUUUAAGAUAAGUCUAAAUAACGGUACUUUUACCCACUGAUUGAAAAGAUGACUUUUUGGGACAGGCAACUUGAAACUCUGGUAGCAGACAUCAACAAGGCCUUUUCUUGAGUUCCCAUCUCUUGGUGGUGGAGUGAAAGAAGACAUUUAUCAAAGAUCUAAAAGCCAAGGAAUAUUCAGAAAGAACAGUCCUUCAAAUAGCCUCAUUCCAAGUUGCAUAGGACUUUAUUUAUAGAUCAUCACAUACACACAACCACACUUUUGAGCCUGGAGACAGCUUGCAGUUAUAAAAUUGUUACAAUGUUGCCAUUUUAUCUGCUAUUCCAUAAGGCAUUCUAAAUGAUUGUAAAUAGGUGGUUCCUCACUUAGUUGCAGCGAUUCAGUAUAGUUUUAACUGACCAUUUUGACUUUACCUUUUAUGAAGAGAAAUAUUGUGGUCAGUUGUGAUGCUAUAUGAAUUUUUGGAAGCCAACUAAAGAUCAUAAUUACAGGGAACUGUUUGGUUUAGAAAACUCUUGCAUACACUUGACCAAUUAGAGUUUCAGUAAAAUUGAACAUAACAGCAUCAUUAAAAUAAAGAAGUGCCUUUUAAAAUGCAAAUGUACAACAAAAGCUUAAACUUGAACAAUUUCCUAGUGCCUUGCUGGACAAGAGUAAAAUAGGUAUGAAAUGUACAAGACUUAUGUACUAUGUGCAGUUAGUGAUAUUUUGACAGUAUGAUGUUAUUUUAAGUUCAGAUUGCAAGAUGGAAAGAUGAUGGAUAAUUUAGAAAAUCUGAGAAUCUCUGGGUUCUGACAUUUCACUUCAUUUACAAGUGUUGGGAGGUAUUAAUCUUCACAGGACAUCCUGACUGGCUAUUAGUACUAGAUGGUGGCACACAAAUAUGAAAAUGUUAACCCUAAUUUCUCCAGUGAAUUUCCAAGCAUAUCAAAAUAUAAUUAAUUAUAUGGGAUAUUAAGCAUCCUUCCCCAGAUCUAGUUGCCUCGAACUAUGAGAUUAUUAUUAUCGAACUAUGAGAGUAUUAUUAAACUUAAUAAUAGGGCUGUGCUAAAAGAAAACUGUUUACAUCUUCAUGUAUUCUUGAAUACUUUUUCACAGUGGUACUUGUUUUAGUCAUCUUGAGGAUCUGAUAGCUUCUAUACCAGAAAUGUGAAUAGUACAAGAAAAUCUGUUCAGUGGUUGCUAUUUAUUGUUAUUGUCGGGCCAAUUUUUUGAUCAUAUUCUAGAUAACAAUAAUGAUGAAGUCAAGUACUGUAGUACUUGCAGUACUUGACUUAUGAUCAUUCAUUUAACUGACGAUUCAAAGUUAUGAGAGCUUCAGAAAAAGUGACUUACAACCUGUCCUCAAAAUUAUGAGUCACCACCCUCCGUGGUCACGUGAUUGAAUUUGAAUGUUUGGCAAUCACAUUUACAACAGUUGCAGGAUCUUAUGAUCACAUGACUGAUUUGCAACCUUCCCAGCUGGCUUCAACAAGGAAAGUCAAUUGGGGAAACUGGAUUUGCUGAAUAGCUGUGUGAUUCACUUCAGUGAUCAUGUGAUUCACUUAAGAACUGUGGUAAUUUGCUUAACAACUGUUAUAAAAAUGGCUGGAAAAUCUGGUUCAGACAUGUGAUGAUUUGCUUAGCAACCAAAAUUCCAGUCCUGACUGUCGUAAAUCAAAGGCUAUCUGUAGAAGAUUAGUAGACCAUACUAUAUUUCUUUUUACCAUGCAAAGAGUAAAUUCAUUGAUUUAAGUUUCUAUUUCGAUCUUCAUUUUUCUUAUAGAUCUGCAAUAUAAAAAUAUUCACAUCUGGGGGGAAAUGUUUGAUAGAACUAUUCACAGAGUACUGACACUGAUAUAAAAAUUACUAGUUUGAUGUAAGUUAAACUAGCAUAAAGAAUAAUGUCUCCUUUAAUAUGUAACAAAAUCAACAUUUCUGGCUGAAGAGCUGCACAAAGUUUCUGUGUCUUGGAUUAUUUUUAGUGCAGCCUGACAUUAUGCCUCCCAUUAUUUCAAUUAUGCCACUAAUUGUUUAGAAUUCUAGGCAUCCUAUUUCUAAAUGUUCUUAACAUGCUCAAAGUACAUAGAGUUUUUCCAGAAGUUGUAGUAUCUUGGUGAACAAUCACAAUGAACUAGAUUUUAAACAAAUAUUGCUAAAGAUUUUGAAGUAUUCUGAAUUCAUAACUGAUCUUAAAAGAACCAAGCAAGUCUUCCCCAAGGGAUUUAUUUUACCUUCCUAUGGUGACUUCCUACAGGUGCUUUUCUCCCAGCUAGGUUUAAUCUCAGCUGGGCUCCAACAUAGGAAGUGGAACCUCCAAGGAAAUAUAUUACAGGCAGUUGAUUUUCUUUUGUUUUUUUAACAGAAUGCCUCUUUUUUCUUAAAUUAAAACAUAGAGUACAUAAAUGUUAAAUUAAAGACACUAUUGUAGUUCUGUUUGGAUAAUUUAAAAACAAGUUUUACAUAAACUUAUCAUCCUUAAAUAUCAUUUUAGAUCACUAUAGCCAUUUUAAAAAACAGCUCAAUUUGAGGUCUACUUACAAUUUUGAACUACAUUCUGUUCUAAGCUCUCCAAUAGAUUUGUCAUCAAUUAGAGAUACCUUCACAUUCUAGUAGGUAAGGAUUUUAAUUUGAAUGAAUUUAAAAGCAUACAAACAUGUUGUGGUAGGUAGAUAUUUUUAUCUUGAAGAAAAUUAUAUGCAUUAAGUUCACAACAUUACAUGAUAUGUAACCAAAGUAAGUAUAACAUUAGCUCUUCCAACAAUAUUAUUAAACAGCGAAAGAUUUAAGGGGAAAGAAGCAAGAAAAAUGCAGCUCAUAUGUAGAAAGUCUUCAGGGAUUCUUAAACAGUUUCCCUCUUUGUAAUGCAUGCUUAACAGUUUCUUUUAAAUUGGAUGUUGCCACAAAUUGUGUAUUUAUUUUGUGCAUCUUGGGACAAUGUCUUAAGUUGGGGAAAAUCAAGGAUGUCUAGCACUUUAAUGUAGUAUCGCUGACUAACUGGAAAUCAUUUGGAUGUCAAGUUUAGUAUUUUUACAAAUUGAAUGGUCUUUCUUUUAUAAUAUAUUUAAAAUAAAUUUUUAUUGUGUCCUUUUUCUGAAAA